AUGUUGCUCGAGUGUGUGAAGAGACCGCGUUGUGCAUCUUUUUGGCUGCAGCUGCUCUGCUGGAGUCUUGCCCUGACCAACCUCGAAUUUGCCGCUGGCCAAAAUGCGGGAGUUGUGGCCGCAGCAGUGGCGGCUGGCCAAAACCAGACACAAGUCUAUGUGACGGAAUCUUGUCUGCAGAAACCGUACCGGUGUCCGCACCCGAAGAUCCAGUUCUACCUGUACACCCGGCGCACCCAGGAACAACCGGAAUUCAUAGAUGUCCUGGAUGCUAAUGCUCUGUACUAUACGCACUUUAAUCCGCGGCAUCCCACCAAGAUCAUAAUCCAUGGCUUUGGUGGCGGCAGAACUCUGAGUCCCAGCCCGGAUCUAAGAGAGGCUUAUUUUAGUGUCGGAGAGUACAACAUUAUUAUUGUGGACUAUGCCGAUGCGGUUAAGGAGCCGUGUCUUAGCCAGAUGGACUGGGCUCCAAGGUUCGGUAGUUUGUGCAUCUCUCAGUUGGUGAAGUAUCUAGCCAGGCAUCCUCGUGGCGUCCAACCGGAUGAUCUGCAUUUUAUUGGCUACAGUGUGGGUGCCCAUAUUGCCGGAUUGGUGGCCAACUAUCUGAAGCCUGAGGAGGGUAAGCUGGGCAGGAUCACAGCAUUGGAUCCAACGAUAUUCUUCUAUGCGGGAGCAAAUAACUCUCGGGAUUUGGAUACCACCGAUGCCCACUUUGUGGACGUGAUGCAUACCGGUGCCGGGAUCUUGGGGCAGUGGCACUCCAGUGGACAUGCGGAUUUCUAUGUCAACGGUGGCACCAGACAGCCCGCCUGUGUGGGAUCAGCGACCUUAUUUCAGACUUUGGCCUGUGAUCACACAAAGGUCACACCUUACUUUAUUGAGUCCAUAACCACGACACGGGGCUUCUAUGCGGGUCCUUGUCCCAACUUGUUUACCUAUUUGAUAGGAUGGUGUGAGCCCAAGGACUCGGAGUAUGUGCUAAUGGGGGAGCACUGUUCCCACAAAGCUCGAGGGAACUACUAUGUGACCACCAAUGCCAAGGCGCCCUUUGCUCGUGGCUUUCCGGGCAAGGGGCGCUCCAAUGGGGAGUACCAGGGAGUGCGGAGAUAA